AUGCCGCGCAAGUUUACGCAAAUAACAAGCUACGUGCCGAAAGGGCACGCACACAUACUGUGCUAUUCGCAGGAUGCACAGCCCAGCGGCGACCGCGCCGCCGCGCUCCUUAGGUCAGCAGCCCUGCACCAGGCGCAGGUCGUCGUCCGCCGCCCAGGCGCCCCGGCGGCGCGCGCGGCCCUGAGCGCCCUCUCAGGCGCGCUGCGAGCCAGCUGCGCCGACCAGGGGUGCGGUAGCGCCGCGGCCGCGGCGCUGGCGGCGCUCGCCACGCUCUGUGCCAGGCGCUCGGCCUGGCAUUGUGUGCUGGAGGCGUUGGAGAGCGACGACGCUCUGGCUGCUACGGUGGCGGCGCUGAGCAGCUGCGACCCCCGCAUCGCCAGGGAUGCAGCCGCGCUGCUCUCCAUGCUCGGACAGUCGGGACUGCCGCACACGCGCCGCGUCGGCGAACACAAGGGCGCGGCGCGCGGGCUCGUGGCGGCGCUGCGCGGCGGCGCCCCCGCGCACGCCGUGGUUGCACUCCAUGCCAUCUGCCUUGAGGGCGCUGACCUGGCGGGGCGCGUGGCCUCAGAGGAGGGGGCGCUGAGUGCUUUGGUCGCCCUGGCGGGAGCCGGGCGCACCACCGUAGGCUGCGCCGGCGGCAUCGUCGGCGCGACAGCUUUCUUUGCGUUGCGGACGCUCUGUGUCAUCCUUUGUGCUAGGGAUGAGGGCCUCAAACAGCGCAUGAUUGCCACGGAAGGGUUACUGGAGGAACUCGCCGCGGCGCUGCGUGCAGGCAGCGGCGCCGCCUGGUCCGAAGCCGCGUGCGCGCUGGCGGCGGCGUGCGCCGCAAGCCCCGACCUAGCGCGGCGCGUGGCGGGGGCAGACGGCGUGCUGGCCGGCAUCCUGAAACUGCUCUCAGGCGGCAACCACGUCGUGCUCGCAGUGGAGGCCCUGACGAAUGUCGCCAUCGCCGGGCCCGACCUGGCGCGGCGCCUUAUGCUGGAGGACGGCGUGCCGCGCAGGCUGGCCGCUGUGGUCUGCGGCGGCGGCGGCGCCGGCGACAACGCGGCGGUGGCGCUGACUGUGGCCUGCAUGGCGCAGCACGACGCCGCCCUAGCGCUGCGCCUGGGGGCCGAGGAGGGGCUGGUGGAGGCCCUGUGGGCGGCGCUUGAGAGGGGCGGCCGCACGCGUCUCUGCGCCCUGGGGCUGCUGAACUUGAUCAUUUUGCACAGUGCUGACCUGGCGCGCAGCACGGCAGACGCGCAAGGGGUGCUCGGCGCCCUGGCGGCGGCAGUUGUGGACAAGAACGUCUGCAGCAUGAACGAAAUCGUCACCCUCUACUGCUUUGCGCGUGCUGGCGCUGACCUGGCGCGGCGGGUCGCUGACCAGGACGGCGUGCUGCAUGCGCUGGUUGCAGCGGCCGGGCCUGGUGACGGCUGUAAUGCGAUGUUGACCCUCGCGGCUGUCGCCUUCGCGGAGCCGGAGCUGGCGCGGCGCGUCGCUGCAGAGAAGGGUGCCCUUGGCGCCCUGACCGUCUUCGCUCAGUCAGAGGACCCGGCACGCGGCGAGGCCGCAAAAGCAUUGGAGGCAAUUGCCAGCGCUAGGAGCGGCCUUGUGCGGCGCGCGGCGCCCAAGCAGGCAGCAAAAGGGAGCACCAACAGCAGCAACCAAUUUGAGCAG